AUGAUUCCAUCAUCAUCAGCUGCUGAAAACGAAGCAAUCAAUAAUAUUCAUCAACAAAACGACGAUGAACAAUCAAAGGAAAUUGAAGAAAGGAAGAACAUGUUGGAGAUGAUCGAAGAGAAUGUUAAUAUUGGAGAUAUUAGAUUAAUGUUAACACUUAUCGGAAAUUUGGAAUCUAAUGUUUCUGAUUUAACUGAUGCUUGUCAAAAAUUAGGAGACUUGUCCAGAGAAUUAAUUAAUAGAGAUACAAUUAGAGAAGUUGGUGGAGUGCCUGUGAUUUGUGGAUUAUUACGUAGACAUACCACAACUUUGGAAACAGAUAAAUUACCACUCUAUUUCCAAUUGUGUAGAGUUUUGGGUAAUUUAUGUUUUGAACACUCUGUUAAUGCUUUGAUUAUUUGUGAUGAAGAAGGAUUGUCGGUUCCUGUUGUACAAAUUGUUUGUGGAUUUAUCCAAUUUGCUUUAGAUCAUGAUGAUGUUAAUUUGAUUAGAAGCGUUUGUGCUUGUAUUGCAAAUUUUGCACACUCAGAUGAUGGUGUUAGAAGAAAGGUUGUUUCUUAUGGUGGUGUGACUUCACUCAUUAAACUCAUUUACACUUAUAGAAGUAAUGAGGUUAGUGGAGUACUUUAUCACUCAUUGAGAGCCUUGGAAAAUGUUUGUGAAGUUCAAGAGGCUUGCGAACAAAUCAUGACAUCACAAGUAGAAUCAAAGAAUGCUCUCGAUAUUAUUAUUGAUGAAAUUCUUGCAAAUCCAUUAUGUGAAGGAAAUAUUCUUGGUGUUGCCAUUAAAUUGGUUGGAUUAGUCGGAUCACACAAGGAAUUCAAUGAGCUCACAAUUGAACAUUCUAAUCUUAUUCAAUCAUUGGAUAAUAUUUUAAUGAGAUAUAUUCAAAUUUCUGAAUCAUUGGAUGAAAAUGAGGAUGAGGAUGAAGAAUCUGUCCAAGAAAUUGUCACUCAAGUUAUUCAUUUAUUGGAUGUUUCUCUCGUUAAGGUCAAUAAUAAGUGGGCUGAAGUUUUGGUAAAGGAUUCUAAAGAUUUUAUUAAUACAUUGAAGAGAUUCGUGCACUCACAUACUCAACUUCCAGAAUUCAGAAAGAGAAUGCAAGAAAGUGUUGUUGAGUUCCUUUCAAAUGUUGCAGAAAUUGAUCACAUCCAAUAUUAUAUGGCCACAGAAUUGGACUUGAUUGACCCAAUGCUCACACUCAUUGAAUCUAUUUUGAGUACCUUGCAAAUUGCCUCCUCUUCCAAGCUUUUGAGAUUUGUUGUUAAACUUUUAGGAUUCCUUGCUCUUGAACGUCGUAACCUUCCAAUGAUGAUUGAAAAGGGCGUAGUUCAAUCUUUGACAAAGAUCUUAAGCGUCUUGUAUCACAACCAAUUAUCUCCAGAAUAUCAAGAAGCCAGCCCUAUCGCUACUCAAAUGAAUAAUUUCAUUCAAAGAAAUUGUUGUAUUGCCUUGGGUAAUAUGGGAACUACAGAUGUUACUUGUAAAUAUAUUGUUGAAAGUGGAGCAACUAUUCCACUCGUAGAAAUGUUUGAAAUGUUAGCAGAAGCAACUGAUUACUCUGAAAUUGAUAUCAGUUUGAUGGUUAAUGCUCUCUUUGCCUUCUCCAAUUUAACUAAGGCCAGAGAAAAUCAAAAUGAAAUUAUCAAUCGUCACAAUAAUAUUUUAACAACUCUCUACAAAUUAGCUACCAAUGACAUUCACUUCAUUGUGUGCUUCUACUCAUUAGAGUCAUUGAUUAAUCUCAUCUUUAAUAAUGAAGAAAAUGCCAACAAACUCUUAACUCUUCAUCCAGAUUUUGCCUCCAAACUUGUUGAAGUGAUGAAGCUCAGAAAGGAAAAGGUUAAAGUUUCAUUCAUUAUUGUGAAAUGUCUAUUCACACUUUUCAAGAUGAACAAAUUGACCAUUAAUGUUUCACUUGAUGAAGAAUUUAUGAAAGUCAUUCAAGAAAUGGAAACAUCGAAUGAAGAUCCUAAAAUCCCUCUCCUCAUCAAUGAACUCAAACAAUCCAACUUUUUCCAAUAA